UGAAAAUGAACGAAUAGAAGAAGAGAAAUAAUUAAUAAUCAAAGCAAAGUACAUGGCUUCCUCCUCUAAAACGAAAACCCUAAAGUCAACGUUCCUUAUUUUGUGUCUCUUAGCCUAUUUUGUGUAUCAAAUCAAGGGUCAUGGUGGAGAAGAUGAUGAUUCCGACAAAGUAACAAAUUUACGUUCAAAGAGUUUAGUACUUGUGAAAAUAUGGUGUUUGAUUAUCUUGCUAGUGGCAACUUUCUUAAGUGGUGUGUCUCCUUAUUUCUGCCGUUGGAACGAAGUUUUUAUUCUGUUGGGAACUCAAUUUGCUGGUGGUGUUUUCCUUGGAACUUCUAUGAUUCAUUUCUUGAGUGAUUCUAAUGAAACAUUUAGAGAUCUGACUACAAAUACUUACCCUUUUGCUUUUAUGUUGGCUUGUGGUGGAUAUCUUCUCACCAUGUUUGGUGAUUGUGUUGUUGCUUAUGUGACAAGUAGUAAUAAAAGAGAAGCUAAGGUUUUGGAGGUUGAAGAAGAAGGUGGGAUAACUCCUCAAGAACCUCACCAACACCAAGAAAUUACGGAUGUUGCUAUCAUGAAGACUUCCAAUAUUGGAGACACUAUUUUGCUCAUCAUUGCAUUGUGUUUUCAUUCUGUUUUUGAAGGCAUCGCGGUUGGAGUUUCAGGUAGUAAGAGAGAAGCAUGGAGGACUUUAUGGACAAUAUCAUUGCACAAGAUAUUUGCAGCAAUAGCAAUGGGAAUAGCAUUGCUUAGAAUGUUACCAAAAAGAGCAUUGAUAACAACAGCAGGAUAUUCAUUUGCAUUUGCAAUAUCAAGUCCAAUAGGAGUAGGAAUUGGCAUUGCAAUAGAUGCAACAACAGAAGGAAACACAGCGAAUUGGGUGUAUGCAAUAUCAAUGGGUAUUGCUUGUGGUGUUUUUGUUUAUGUUGCUGUCAAUCAUUUAAUAUCUGAAGGCUUUAAACCUCAGAGGAAGACACGCUUUGACACUCCUUUGUUUAAAUUUCUUGCUGUGCUUUUUGGUGUUACUGUAAUUUCUAUUGCCAUGAUUUGGGACUGAUCAUCAAUCAUCAAUCAUCAAUCAUCAUCGUGUGAGUGUGUGUGUCUAUUCCUCUUUCUUCAAUCAAACUUUUAUAUAUAACUAUUCCUUCAUAUUUCAUCUUAUAUAUCACUCAAUGUGUUUUCUUUCUUGUUUCACAUGUAUCAACAUAAAUAAUGUUUGUAAGAAUCUUAUUCCAGAGUGUUGUCAUUUAAUUUCUUCAC